AUGUCUAUUAAGUGGACAGUGAUUGCGUGUUUAGUAGGGUUUCACUCUACCCUGGGAGUCCAUCUACCGGAUAUACCCUGGAACUCAUCUAAUCCAAUAUUCCGAACCGAUAACCAGGAUCACAUAAUCGAAGUUAACAAGGAUAAUCCAGAGUACGAGUACGAUACUAUAAAUAUAGAUUGUCCUAGGUAUCCUAAUCAUACGCCCAAGGAGCUCAUGGAGACUUUUAUCAUCUAUAAUGUACCAAAAUCAGAUUACGACUCGUGUAACAUAACCAACCCGUGGGACGUUCACAUGAUCGUAGUGUGCGAUAAACCAUUGUCGAACCGAUAUCACAGGAUAACGUUCCGGUCUACUAUAAUCUUGAAAGUAAAGACCCCGGUGAAGACUAUAGGAAUGGCAUUGGGAGUUAACGAUAAGAACAUAUAA